AUGCUACAGUGGACAUCUUUCGUUCAGAAGGCCCAGAGCCUGAUUGAUCCCGCCAAUUUCAACAUUCCCACCCUAUCCACGACCGACCAUAAUCCCUCGAAGGCCUCGCUGUUUCGCCAACAAUUCCGCCUCCCCGAUUCACAGAACCCACUCCAAGAGAUUACCGCUGAUCUUAUUCUGCCUCUACCGAACUCAUCGGCGACCCAAGGCGAGGGCCCACGCAAGGCCGACCGAGCUGGGAACCGAUACACGGGGCGCCUUCAUCUGAGUGAGCGGUUCAUUUGCUUCUCCACCCAACCGACAAGCUUUGUCUCCUCUGCUACGGCAAGCGCCUCAACUACUUGGACCGGUCAGACUCAUGGAACUGGUCCGUCGGGCAAUGGUUUCAUCCUCCCUCUAUCGUGUAUCCGACGAGUUGAGCGUCUCCAUAGCGCCAGCCAUGUAUUCUCCCUGGCGCUCACAACAUGGAAUGGUCUGCUCAACAAACAACAAGAAGCCAACUUUGCACCUCAGCGCCUCAUUUUGGAACUUGUCGGUAGCAGACAGGCUUGCGAACGGUUCUGCGACACCUUGAAAAAAGGUCUACGGGAAGCAAUGAAAGAGGUUGAAAGCCUUCGGACCGUUGUCAACGAUUGCUACUCUGAAUACCUUUUGUCGGGCGCAAAGACAAAGGGCCAGGAAGGGGCUGAUGCGGACGCCCGUCAACCGCCAGAUGCGGGACUCGGCUUGAUUUUCCGCUAUCCUGGCGAUGCACGCAAGCUACGUGAUCGGAGUAAGAUGAGAUUGUGGGGUGAAUAUUUCAGAGAGAAUGGCCGCAAUGCUACGCUGGUUCGCCAACCAACUUUCCACAAGCUCAUUAGAGUCGGUUUGCCCAAUCGCUUGCGUGGAGAAAUAUGGGAGCUUACAUCUGGCUCUCUUUUCCUUCGUCUGCGGUCUCCCAAAUUAUAUCAGGAAACGCUGGUCAAAUUUGAAGGACAGGAGUCCCUUGCCAUCGACGAGAUCGAGAAAGACCUGAACCGCAGUCUGCCGGAAUAUCCUGGUUUUCAGAGUGAAGAGGGUAUCGGUCGCUUGAGACGUGUUCUGACGGCUUAUAGCUGGACCAAUGCAGAAAUUGGAUAUUGCCAAGCCAUGAACAUUGUGGUUGCUGCCUUGUUAAUAUAUAUGUCAGAGGCCCAGGCGUUCUUCCUUCUCUCUGUACUGUGUGACCGUCUGUUACCCGGUUAUUAUUCAACGACCAUGUAUGGCACACUUUUGGAUCAAAAGGUGUUCGAAUCUUUAGUUGAGAAAACAAUGCCGGUUCUCUGGGAGCACUUGACCAAGUCUGACGUCCAACUCUCCGUGGUUUCCUUGCCUUGGUUCCUGUCUCUCUACAUCAAUUCUAUGCCCCUUGUCUUUGCUUUCCGUGUUCUGGAUGUUUUCUUCUUGGAAGGCCCUAAAGUUCUCUUUCAGGUUGGUCUUGCCAUUCUUCGAGUCAAUGGCGAAGAACUCCUGGAAACCCAGGACGAUGGGUCUUUCAUUUCCGUCUUGAAGUCAUAUUUCUCACGUUUGGAUGAGUCCGCUCACCCGAGAUCAGAGAAUCCCAAGCUUCGGGCAAUCACCCGCUUCCAGGAACUGAUGGUGGUAGCUUUCAAGGAAUUCUCAGGCAUCACACACAGCACCAUCACUGAAACACGUGAAAAACACAAAGGUGCUGUGUUGGAAAACAUUGAGACCUUUGCCAAACGUACUUCUAUUCGCAACCUUGGCCCAGAAAGCAAGCGCUUAAGCACAGAUGACCUCGGCACAAUCUACGACCGCUUUUACGAAACGCUCUAUCAAUGGGAACAGCACCAGAGAGUUAUUGAGGAAGAACAACGGCGGCAACAGAGAAAGAAAUCCGAACGACUCUCGAUGCUUGCCCCUCCAUCGGACACACAAGUCGGCCGUGUUGGUCUUGGGCCCAGUCCAUCACACAUGGACUAUGAUGCUUUCCGAGAGUUUUUGGCUGCUACUUCCAAGUGGGCUGUGGCUGAUUCACCCGGGCCAUCGAGAAAGGCAUCUUCAUCUGGAAAGUCAGCAUUGUGGGCGAACCGCCGACAGCCGGCUGAUCAUGAAUUCAUGCAGCGACUCUAUCGCAAGUGGGCUACUGAACCCGAAGAAGGGUUGAACCUGCAGAAUGUCGUGAACGGUCUAGCACGUCUCAAGGGAUCACCUGACAUUAUGAAUAACAUCAACUAUUUCUUCGACUUGUAUGAUGACAAUGGAAACGGCCAAGUUGAUCGUGAAGGGAUCCUCAAAAUUUCCGAAGCGCUUUUGUUCCUUUCUCGGCGAGGAUUUGAGGGCACUAUCACUGCAACUCAGUCCGUUGAGGACCUGAAUUCGCCCAGAGAUCGCGAACUUGCCGAAAAUUCACUCACUACCGACGAGAAAUUCCUUGGUAGUGUCAGUGCAUUCAUCCGCCGCUGCUUUGAAUACGCGGAUCCCAGUCAUCCAGAAAACCAGAGGGGUACUCAGCAAGAUGCCACAGAAGAGACAACAGAGAAGCUUGACUCAUUUGCUAUCGGUGACGAUGACGAGGAAGAGGACCUGAUUGAUAUCGACGAUAUCGAGUCCAAGUCCAACAUGUCCCCAACACCAAACGCAAUGCCCCAACCGGCACAGUCCCGAACUGAGGAGUCAGUCAGCCAUGACCACACCCGCUCAACAUCUGAAUCUGCCAAUCCAGCUCUGGACCCCAACAACCCCCUACACAUUACCCUCCCCACUUUCCGAAUGGUCAUCCUGGCCGAUGAGUUACUAGAAAAAUUCUUCGAGUCCUAUUUCCCUCAAUCCUUCCAUCUAUCUGACCAUCCCCACCCAGCUGCUCUCGCAGCCUCUUCCUCCCUCUCUGCCAACCUCACCACUUUCUCUAACCUCGGUAGCAUCCGAUCUUCCGGAGCCGGCUCCGCAUCGGCCCCAGUGGCCGGUGCCUCAGGCGGUAUUGUACCCCCAGGCAAAGGCCUUCGUGGUGUACUGGACAACAUUGUCACAGAUGGAAUCCGCAUGGCAGCCGAAGUCAAAAAGAGAAUGGACGAUGCCCAGCGCGAAUUGGAGCGCAACGCUCUCGGCCGUGAAGAAGAGGACGACGAAGAGGAUGAUGAUGACUAUCCCCGCCGUGAGAGCAGCGCUGCAGCCAUGGCCGGCGGAAUCUCCAGUUGGGGUGCGGGCGCAUAUGGCGCAGGGUCCGAACGUCGCAGUGUCGUCCGCGAUGCUGACCGUGACCUUCUUGAAGGUGCCGAAGUUCUCAGCGUUCGCGGGAAGGAGGAAAGCACAUCCCUCUUGGACGGCAAAGAAGAUACAGAUUCUGGUUCCAGAAAGGCCCCCAAUAAUGCUGCCGGAUCCAAGAGCCAUGGUUCGCCUGCUGAUCGUGAUGGCGAAGUCAUUAGCAAGAUUGUUGAGUUCGAGUCAUGA